ACGGUAUAUCGGGUCGCAUUGACGACAAAAUAAACAAUUUCGCUUUUUAGUUUGGAUUUUGGGACAAAUUUUGCUUACAGCCUUCAGUAGAAUUGGCCGAACUCAAUCAUUGAAUAAUUUCAAAAUUUAAGGGACCCUCCAUUCUGCUGCAUUGAAUAUAAAACCCUUACUAGCAGAUUAAGACUCCAAACCAUGCCGGGGAAGAAAAAAGGAAAAGGGAAGGGGAAAGGAAAGAAGAAGAAGAGCAAGAAGCCAAAGGGGAUGCUGGAGAAUCCUGCUGAUGUUGUCAAGAGACUCCAGAGGGUCUACAUGGCCCAGUGUCAAACCAAGAACUCUGCUGUCUGUCCUGGUCUGAAGAAGUUCCUCAAAGAUUGCUAUGAGGACAACAGACUUUCAGUCAAGUUCAUUUUGGAGCCAAUACCAGACUUUGAGGACCCAGACUUGACAAAUGUCCAGCUUGACCCGCUUAUUUUAGCCAUCAGAGCCGAAAGAUUCAAGUACAUCAAAGAACUUCAUGUAUGGGACAUCCCUCUGAAGCAUGCAGAUGUUGCCAAUCUUGCUUUAAUGAUGGAGAAAGGCCCCUAUCCCAUCUCAAGGUUAGAGCUCGUCGACUGUAGUAUAGAAUCCUAUGCAGCUGAAAGACUACUCAGGAAUUGUGCAGGGUUAACCAAUAUCACCACUCUCUCCCUGGACUAUAAUGAGAUUGGUGAUAGCGGCUGCAUUGGAAUAUGUAAAGGCUUAAUGAAGAAUGAGACCAUGAUCAGUCUUAGUUUAUGCUACUGUGACCUUGGAGUGCAGAGUGGAACAGCCCUGGGUCAGGUGGUCUCAACAACAGCCAUCAGGGAGGUGUACCUUAAUGGGAAUAACCUGGAAGCCGAAGGGGUGUCUGAAUUGAUAAGACUAGCAGUGGACCACGCCGAGGCAGAGAGCUACCAACGAGCACAGGAAGCUAUCAAGAAAGCUGAUGAAGAAGCUUUAGCUUUACUGGCUGAAAAGGAAAGGAGUCGGGUGAAGACAGCCUUCGAUGACCCCGAGUCAAAACCUUCAUCAGCCAAGAGUUCUAAAGGUGGAAAGAAGAAGAAGAAAAAGGGAAAGAAGAAGAAGAAAUCGAAAGAGCCCCCAGGCCCUCCCCCGAAAGGUCCUCUGAUAUACAAGCUACACUUGGCAGACAAUGGCAUAGACAUGUAUGGGAAAGGAUCGACCUACGCACCUAUCAUAGCAAUGAGAUUGUUUAGAACGCUAGUUGAAAAUUCCUCUUGCCUUCAAGAGCUGGACUUGGACGACAAUCUCAUUGGUGAUUUAGGGGGGAGAGAGAUCAUGGAGGGACUCAGAGCGAGAAAAGAAGCCGGGCUGGAUGGCGUCAAAGUCUCGGUAACUCAUCGGAUGAACGGAGACACGUUCGGAGAAAUCAUGAAACUCGGUUCAGGACUCAGUAAAAAGAAGAAGAAGAAAGGCAAAGGCAAGAAGAAGGUGAGACAUUUUGUUUAUGUUGGGUUCUGA